AUGACGCCCACAUCAUCACCAACACCACCACCGCAACCACCACCACCACCACCAUCAUCAUCAACAUCAUCAUUAGGAUAUAUUUCCGGUCCACAUUUAGUUACCAUAUAUAAAACGGAAACCGGUUUCGGUUUCAAUGUACGUGGACAAGUAUCCGAAGGUGGUCCAUUACGUAGUAUAAAUGGUGAAUUAUAUGCACCAUUACAACAUGUUAGUGCCGUAUUGGAAAAUGGUGCCGCAGAAAAAGCCGGCAUUAGAAAAGGUGAUCGUAUUCUUGAAGUGAACGGUGUCAAUGUUGAAGGUGCAACACAUAAACAAGUUGUUGAUCUGAUUAAAUCUAGUGGCGAUAAACUUGUCCUUACUGUAAUAUCCGUAACGCCUAGGGAAGCAGAAAAAUUGGAACCAUCAGAUGAUGGAAAUAAUUUUGUCUAUGAUUAUAGUGAAAAACGUUCAUUGCCAAUAACAAUACCGGAUUAUAGUUGGAUUGAAAAAAAUAAUUCUGGUGAACGUUAUUGUGUUUACAAUAUCUAUAUGGCUGGUAGACAUCUUUGCUCAAGACGUUAUCGUGAAUUUCUUAAUCUACAUAAUAACCUUAAACGUGAAUUUAAUGAAUUUAUAUUUCCAAAAUUUCCCGGAAAAUGGCCAUUCUCAUUGUCAUAUCAACAAUUGGAUUCAAGACGACGUGGUCUUGAAUCUUAUAUUGAAAAAGUUUGUGCCGUUCGUGUUAUUGGUGAAAGUGAUAUAAUACAAGAAUUUCUUACCGAUUAUGAUGAUGAACAUGGAACAAAUCAAACGCCAGUUGAUCUGAAAAUUUUAUUACCAAAUCGGACGGCCAUAACAAUUACAGUCAGAAAGAAUAGCUGCACCAAAGAAGUAUAUGAUGCCAUUAUUGAAAAGAUUAAUCUUUCACCGGAUUUAGCCAGUUAUUUUGCCAUAUUUGAAAUUGUUGAACAAGGAUUCGAAAGAAAAUUACAAUCAAAUGAAUUUCCAUAUAAUUUAUAUAUACAGAAUAUACAGAAUACAAGUGCUGCAUCCACAUGUUUGAUGAUGAAAAAAUGGUUUUUUCAUUUAUACACAGAAUUGGAAUUGUGUACAAAAGAAGAUUUAUUGGAACAAUUUUUCUACUAUCAAUCGAUUGAAGAUGUAAAUAAAGGACAAAUUAAAGCUGGUAAUAAAUUAUAUGAAUUGAAAGCAUUGCAAGAAAUAUCGAAAAAAUCCGAUUAUUUAAAAUUGGCCAGAAAAUUAGAUGGCUAUGGUGAGAUAACAUUUCCACAUUGUGCUUCAGAUGCCCGUAAAGAAGGCCAUAUUAUGUGUAUCAUUGGUUAUGAUUCAUUUAAAUUACAAGCAUGUCGUGAUGAUGGAAUGAUUGAGGAUAAAAAAAUUGAAUUUCAAUGGAAUACAUUGAAAGAAUGGUAUGUUGAUGAUGAAGGCAUUUCAUUUGUUUUUGUUUAUAAUAAACCGGAUAAUCGAUUACGUCGUGUUCGUAUCCAUACACCAUAUAAUAUAUUUCUAAAUGAAUGUUUUGAUAAAGUAAUGGAAGAACGUAAACAACAAAUUCAACAACAACAAUCGGCAACACCAACAAAUCAAUCAUCAACAUUGCAAUCACAAUCUCAACAACAGCCAUUGAAUCAUCAAAAAGAUUAAUAUAAAUUAUUAUUAUUUAUUAUAUUCCAAACACACACACACACACAUAAUCGACGAAAAAUUCCAUAUAAUUUCAAAGGUCCAAUAAUUCACACCAUUGAUCCAUCAUUGAACUUUGAACCAAAUCAUCAACAAUGACGAAUUUGAAUAUGCAAUAUUAAUCAUCAUCAUCAUCAUUAAAUCACCAAAUACAAAUUAUCAUUGAUCAUCAUCAUUGAAAAUACUAAUAAGCAAUCAAAAAACCAAGAGAUUUUUUUCUCUCUGUUUUGUUUUCAUCAUUUUGAAUCUCACAUCAUACAUACACAUAUUAUUAUUA